UCAGGUGUGUACGCUGCUAUGUAUUUCAUUCCGAAGGUCAUGGCUGGUGCGGACAAUCCUGAUCGGACAGUAUUAGUUUAGUGUUGAAGGAAAAAGGGUCCUACUACCACAACAACUAUCUACAAUCGACUACGACGACGACGACGACUACUACUUGUGUACGUUGUUGGUUUUGAGAUUGUUUGUUGAAUUAUAAAUCGCGUACGCGCUAACGCAAAACUCGUUCAAUACUGUUUAUGAAAGAAUAAUAUAUAAAAAGCGAAUUAAUAGCGUGUCGGCAUUUUAAUGCAAAGUUUAAGCACAAAAAAAAAAAUAAAAUAUUAAUUAUAAACAAUAACUGCAAACACUGAUUUUUAAUGCGUUAAAUAAACAAUUUAAUUAGUUUAAUGCAUCGUUUUUUUUUGAAAUAAAAAUAUUUAAACACACACAGCGAUAAACAAAUACACGCACUAAUGGCGUAAAAUAAAGUUUGAAGUUCAGCAAUUCGCGUAGGGACUUAAGCAUAUUUAUUAUAUAGGAGUAAUUAAAAUAAUAAUAGUUUACAAAAAAUAUACCAAAAAUAAAAACAAAUAGUUUUGUGAUUACUAAAACAAAAAACAAACAGAAAAAAAUAAAGCAAAUAUAAUAAAAUAAAUAUUUAUUUAAAAAAUAAUAACAAUUUAAAAAACAAAAAAAAAUUUUAAAAUUCAAAAAUAAUAAUUUAAAAAUAAUAAAAACAAUUUAAAAAACAAAAAAUUAUUUUAAAAUUCAAAAAUAAUAAUUUAAAAAUAAUAAAAAUAAUUUAAAAAACAAAAAAAUAAUUUUAAAACUCAAAAAUAAUAAUUUAAAAAACAACAAAAACUUAUUUCAAAACUCAAAAAUAACAAUUUUAAAAAAAUUUAAUUCAAAUCAACAUGGAAACGUGUGUUUUAAUACCCAAAGAGUUGUCGCUCGCCGCCACAACGUUAACGGCAAAUCAUGAGACCGAAAUCACAGUGUGGACAACGUCCUACAUCGAACAAGGCACGAUAUUUUAUCCCUUUCAAGGCACAUUACGUUUGGACAAAUUGGAUGCAUUUCAGUAUCUCGAUGAAAAUGAUAUCCGACAUCGUUUCGGCCUGUACGACGAGAUCGAUGCAUUCCAUAAACCAGUGCGUAGUUGCAAUUGGAUACGCUUUCUGCGUGUCUCCAACGUAUGUGAUUCGAAUGUGAAUAUGAUUUGUACGAAAGUGAAAGGUGAACCCAUAUAUGAGGCGAUAAAACCGAUAGCAGCGCAUCAAGAACUUGUUGUAUUCUACCUGCCCGAAAGACCCGAAGAAGUCUUAUUCAUGCGCAUGCGAAUCUCUAUGUAUCGUCAAACGAUGGAUUCCAUUAUGAAAGAUUCGCCAAUUGAUCUUUCCGCCUCCCUGCUGCACCGCAUCUCACUACCCGUCUCACCGGUUUCGAGUAGUGAAGAUGAACACAAGUCAAUAUCGAGUGAUCUAUCCGGUUCGGUGAUAUCAUUAAAUGAGCCCGUAAGUGAUGUUAUAAACUCAACAAACUGUGAAAAAGUGAUCCGUGAUCAGCGUACACCGCAGCGCACACGAAUCGGCCGAAGUGAACGCUGUUUGCUGCCCUGUGAUGUUUGCGGGAAGGCAUUCGAUAGACCUAGUCUACUUAAGCGACACAUGCGAACGCAUACAGGUGAGAAACCACAUGUGUGUAUGGUUUGCGGGAAAGGCUUUAGCACGUCGAGCAGUUUAAAUACACAUCGGCGCAUACAUUCGGGUGAAAAACCGCAUGAAUGUCAGGUGUGUGGCAAGCGGUUUACGGCCAGCUCCAACUUGUACUACCACCGAAUGACACAUAUAAAGGAAAAACCACAUAAAUGUAAUUUAUGCGCGAAAUCCUUCCCAACACCCGGCGAUCUGAAAUCACACAUGUAUGUGCAUAGUGGCUCUUGGCCAUUUAAGUGUAACAUUUGCUUCCGCGGUUUCUCGAAACAGACAAAUCUCAAAAAUCAUCUUUUUCUGCAUACAGGCAACAAGCCCCAUGGUUGUGAAUUGUGCAACAAGAAGUUCGCAUUAGCGUGCAAUUUACGAGCUCAUAUGAAAACACAUGAAGGUGAUCCACAAGAUGAAUGUGUUCGCUGCGGCAAGGUGUACGUUACACUAAUGCAGGGAGUCUGCACAAGGUGCUCCGAUUCGAACAAUUCAACUGACACUGACAACAAGACUGGUUUUCAAUCGGGUGGCGAUACAACCACAGAAGAUGAAACCUCAAAUGGCACAACGGAAUGUAGUGACAAGUAGAAACAAAAAAAAAAAAUUAUACAAAAACAAAAGCAACAACAACAACAACAGCAACUACGUUCGACAUAUAAAAUCAUGAAAAUGAAAAAAGGAGCAACAACAACAACACCAGUAAAAUGAAAACAACAAAACCGAAAAACGAUAACGAUAACUACAUGCACGCAAACACAAACAAACAGACAAAACAACAACAACAACAAAAUAAUGA